CCGGCCAGGAGGCGCCAUGGAGGGGAGCCCCAUCCCCGUGCUCACGGUGCCCACGACGCCCUACCAGGACCAGCGGCCGACCGGCGGCGGGGGGCUGCGGCGGCCCACCGGCCUCUUCGAGGGCCAGCGCAACUACCUGCCCAACUUCAUCCAGAGCGUGCUGUCAUCCAUCGACCUGCGCGACCGCCAGGGCUGCACCAUGGUGGUGGGCAGCGACGGCAGGUACUUCAGCAGGACGGCCACGGAGAUCGUGGUGCAGAUGGCCGCGGCCAACGGGAUUGGACGACUGAUUAUUGGACAGAAUGGCAUCUUGUCGACACCUGCUGUUUCCUGCAUUAUCAGAAAGAUCAAGGCAGCUGGUGGAAUCAUCCUGACAGCCAGCCACUGCCCUGGAGGACCAGGGGGAGAGUUUGGAGUGAAGUUUAAUGUUGCCAAUGGAGGUCCUGCGCCAGAUGUCGUCUCAGAUAAAAUCUAUCAGAUCAGCAAAACAAUCGAGGAAUAUGCCAUAUGCCCUGACCUUCGAAUCGACCUCUCUCGACUAGGAAGACAAGAAUUUGACCUGGAGAACAAAUUCAAACCGUUUAGAGUGGAGAUAGUGGACCCAGUGGAUAUCUAUCUCAACCUCCUUCGGACCAUCUUUGACUUUAACGCCAUUAAGAGUUUGCUGACUGGGCCGGGCCAACUUAAGAUCCGAGUUGAUGCGAUGCAUGGAGUUAUGGGACCCUAUGUGAGAAAAGUCCUGUGUGAUGAGCUGGGGGCCCCAGCCAAUUCUGCAAUAAACUGUGUUCCCCUGGAAGAUUUUGGAGGACAGCAUCCUGACCCAAACCUGACAUAUGCAACAACCCUUUUGGAAGCUAUGAAAGGAGGGGAAUAUGGGUUUGGAGCUGCAUUUGAUGCUGACGGGGACCGUUAUAUGAUCCUAGGCCAAAACGGCUUCUUUGUGAGCCCGUCCGACUCCCUGGCCAUCAUUGCCGCCAACCUCUCUUGCAUUCCGUAUUUCCGUCAGAUGGGGGUCCGAGGGUUUGGGAGGAGUAUGCCCACCAGCACGGCCCUGGACAGAGUGGCCAAAUCAAUGAAGGUCCCUGUAUAUGAGACCCCAGCUGGAUGGAGAUUCUUCUCAAAUCUGAUGGACUCGGGACGGUGUUCUCUAUGUGGAGAAGAGAGCUUCGGCACUGGCUCUGAUCACCUCCGGGAGAAAGAUGGCCUCUGGGCUGUCUUGGUCUGGCUCUCCAUUAUUGCUGCCCGGAAGCAGAGUGUGGAGGAAAUUGUCCGAGAUCACUGGACCAAAUUUGGCCGCCACUACUAUUGCAGGUUUGACUAUGAGGGGCUGGAGCCCAAGACGACAUAUUACAUCAUGAGGGACCUGGAGGCCCUGGCCGCAGACAAGUCUUUCAUCGGCCAGCAGUUUGCUGUGGGGAGCCACGUCUACAGCGUGGCGAAGACAGACAGCUUUGAAUACGUGGACCCCGUGGACGGCACCGUGGCCAAGAAACAGGGCCUGAGGAUCAUUUUCUCAGAUGCGUCACGGCUCAUCUUCCGGCUCAGUUCCUCCAGUGGUGUGCGGGCCACCAUCAGACUGUAUGCAGAGAGCUACGAGAGGGAUCCCAGCGGUCAUGACCAGGAGCCCCAGGCCGUGCUGAGCCCUCUCAUAGCCAUUGCGCUGAAAAUCUCCCAGAUCCAUGAGAGAACCGGCCGGAGGGGCCCCACCGUCAUCACCUGAGUGGAGGAAGCCUUGCCCACCGGGGCCAAAGGAGAGCGCUCGGCGGGAGACACGGCACCCCUACCUUCUUGCUACCUGUUUGAGCCUCUUAUGACUUCGGAAAAAACAAAAGAUAAUUUGCU